CGGCCCCGACAAGUGUAAUCAGAACAUGUGUACUUUCCCGCUGUUUGUGUUACAGAAAGCGCAUUCAAAGGCACAUCGCUUUCCUUUACAGCCUUGUUUCUUCUGACGACAAAAACUCCGACUGCUUUGUUUGGAUACACUGGACAAGUGCAGGUUAAGAGGAGACCUCAAAAUGCCCUUUGAAGAAGUCAACUCUCCAAUCCAGCUGAAGAGGAGCGUCAAAGAAGAGACAGAGGAGUUCAACUUAACCGUUUCUCCAUCCCUGCUGAACAUAAAAUAUGAGAGAGAAGAGUUCCCUGGUUCUCCAUCACAGCACAACGUAAAAGAAGAGAGGGAAGAUAUCCGUGCUUCUCCACCUCAGCUGAGGAGCGUAAAAGAGGACAGCGAGGAGACCCUGCGUUCUCUGUACAGUCUGAGGAGCGUAUCUGUAGUGCUGGUGGACUGCUGUAGACCACAAGGACGGCAGGAGAACAAUGAAGAGAACCACAGAGAUGCCGAGGCAAGGAAGAGAUCUGGAGAUCAGCUCCACUGUCGCUCCAGCGGUCUGAGGGAAGGAGCUCCACGUUCUAUUCAAACAAGACCUGUCAUUCAGAACACUCAAGCUGGACAGAAGCCAUACUGUUGCUCAGAAUGCGGAAAAAACUUUAGACAAAAGCAGAAACUUAAAGACCACCUAGUCAUUCACACAGGGGAGAAACCCUUCUCAUGCAAUGACUGCGGAAAGAGGUUUUCAUGGUGUUCUAGCCUCGACAGACAUCGCCGCAUUCACACUGGAGUUAAGCCACACCCUUGCAGCCAGUGUGGCAAGAGCUUCAAGACAAAAACAGAGCUCCGAGACCACCUGCGUGUUCACACUGGGGAAAAACCAUUUUCAUGCACCGACUGUAGAAAGAGUUUCUCACAUUAUUACGCCUUUUCCAGACAUUGUCGUACUCACACUGGAGAGAGGCCAUAUGCUUGCAGUCAGUGUGACAAGAGCUUUAAGUCAAAAACAGAGGUCCAAAUCCACCAGAGAGUUCACACAGGAGUGAAACCAUUUUCAUGCACAGACUGUGGAAAGAGCUUUUCAUAUCAUACUAACCUUCGUGUACAUCGCCGCAUUCACACUGGAGAGAAGCCGUUCCCUUGCAGCCAGUGUGAGAAGAGCUUCAAGACAGCAACAGAGCUCCAAACGCACCUGCGUGUUCACACAGGGGAGAAACCAUUUUCAUGCACCGACUGUGGAAAGAGCUUCUCACAUUAUCCCGCCCUUUCCAGACAUUGUCGUAUUCACACUGGAGAGAGGCCGUACGCUUGCAGUCAGUGUGACAAGAGCUUUAAGUCAAAAGCUGAGGUCCGAAUCCACCAGAGAGUUCACACAGGAGUGAAACCAUUUUCAUGUACAGACUGUGGAAAGAGCUUUAAAUAUGAAACUAAUCUUCGUGUACAUUGCCGCAUUCACACUGGAGAGAUGCCAUAUGCUUGCAGUCAGUGUGGCAAGAGCUUCAAGACUAAAGCAGAGCUCCACAUGCACCAGCGUGUUCACACAGGGGAGAAACCAUUUUCAUGCACCUACUGUGAAAAGAGUUUCUCAAAUGCUUCUAGUCUCCACAGACAUGAGCGCAGUCACCAGGACUGGACUGGGAUCUGGAAAGGGCCCGACUGGGAUCUGGAAAGGGCCGGGGCACUUUUUGACACCUGA